CCACCAUCCAUCCCAUCCAUACCUUACCAUCUCUGGCACCACCACGUCAUGAACGACCGUGCCAGUGAAGUCCUUGCAGGGGGCUUUCUACCGGGUGAGUCUCGAACAUACAAUGCUAGAUCCAAACGCAGUGGAGUCCCUCUCUCCACCCUCCAUCAUCGUGCGCAAGGGCGACGCUCGAAAGAACAGAAGGCCCAGAGCCAACAAUACCUCACUCCACCCGAAGAGAAAGCUCUCGAAGUAUAUCUAAAACGAAUAUCCGACCUCGGAAACCCCGUGCGGAUCAAGUUCGUACCUUUCCUAGCCUUUGUCAUCGCCCGGCAACGUUCGACGACUGAGAAACCGAUCAACCCUCCCGGGAAGAAUUGGGCUCAGGGCUUUGUGAGGCGUCACCCGGUACUCAGAUCACGAAGAGUGAGGGCGAUAGACUGGAAACGUCACGAGAACAAUAUAUAUGACAAGAUUAUACAUUGGUUUGAUGUGAUCGGAAAGGUAUUGCGGGAUCCGGCUGUCCUACCAGAGAAUGUCUAUAACAUGGACGAGACGGGAGUCAUGCUGUGCAUGCUCGGCUCUGUCAAAGUCAUAAUCAGUAAGGAUGAUCCACGAGACUACAGAGGCGCCGGUGUCAAGCGUACGAUGGUGACUGCUAUUGAGUGUAUAAGUGCAGACGGUAGGUCUUUGUUGCCAAUGAUUAUCUGGCCAGCUGUCACCCAUCGAAGUAACUGGACUACAUUUCCUACCCCUGGAUGGCAUUAUGCUUGCUCCGAAUCUGGAUAUACCGACUCUAAGAUCAGCUUUGAAUGGCUCAAGCGUGUGUUUGACCUACAGACAAAAGAACGUGCUAACCAGAAACCACGCGUGUUGAUUUGUGACGGCUUUGGAACCCACGAGACGCUAGAAAUCCUGGAGUUUUGUUUGGAAAACAACAUCAUCCUCUGUCGUCUACCUUCUCACACUUCACACAAGCUCCAGCCGUGUGAUGUCGGACCCUUUGCACCUUUGAAGGCAGCGUAUCGUGAACGGGUUGAACGACUGUUUCAAGAAGGGACUAAUACCGUUGGCAAGGAACAUUUCACCUCCUUGUAUAGCUUUGCGAGAGAGAAGGCGUUUACGAAGAGAAAUAUCACAUCUGCAUGGGCUGCAUGUGGUUUGUUUCCAGAUAACCCAGACAGAGUACUCAGAAAUACACCGAAGCCCCCUACUCCAUCGACCGGUACCGAAAUCGAUGCAAUAAGAGCGGCUGCUUAUCCUCAAGAUGAAGCUGUACAAACACCUGUGACGCCUGUGACGCCUGUGUCAGCGGAGGGUCUCAUGUCGCUAUACAACCAGAUCAAACAGGAUACUCAAACACUUGAUGCGACGAGUACACAGCACCUACAAAAGCGUGUACAGAAGCUUGUAAAUGCUGCUCAAGUAUCGUUUGCCGAAUGUGCUCUCCUUAACAAUCGAAACCAGUCCUUGACCGAGGCCAAUAAUGAAGCCAAAGUUCGCCGAUCAACUAAGCCAGUGGUACUAGGCAAGGGGAAGGCAAAGGUAAUGAGUUUUGAGGACCUCGAGGUGGCGCGAGCAGCUCGUGUUACGAAAGACGCUGUCAAAAGCAAGGGAAAACGCGGGCGGAAGCGUAAGAACACAGAACCAGAGACAAGUGAGGCAGAGCUGGAGUCAGAAGUAGAAGUGGAAGUAGUGAGUAGGACGAAGAAGGUGAAAACUGGCAAGGGCGCCCAUAUCCGCCGGCGUAGAAGUACUGCGGUAGAGGCAGGCAAGCCCGAAGCAGAGCCAGAACCACAGCCAGAACUACAGCCAGAGCCACAACUGGAGCCCGCGCCUUGGAGGGCACCAGUGGCGCGGAUGUAUUGA